UUAGCCUCCGGCCUCUGGGCAGCAACCAGCGAGGGCAAUACCAGAUCCCCGAUUCCUUCCGCUGCUCGAGUCGUUCCCCUUCACCCACGCAGCCCUACUCCGUAGGCCGAACCCACCCACGCGCUAAUCUGCCAUGGCUCCUGCCUGGGUCUUGCUUGAUCGCUUCGUGGAUUUGUCCCCCUUCGACGGCCAAGAGGAAGAGAGCGAAGAUAUGGGAGAAUCAGUACCAGCCGGCAUGCGGUCCGUGAAGGCCGACCUACAAGUUGCCGAUCCCCCCAGUGUAUCUUCCCUCUCCUUGCUGCUUCCUCGGAAGGCGAUGAAUGAAGUACGCGAUGCCAUGCUCAUGUGCGCCAGCAAGAACCUCGUCGUCUUCUAUGCCGGCUCAUACUACCCAAUCACCUCUCGACCUGGCUGCUACCUGCUCUACGACGCCAUCAGCAACUCCCUCAUUCCCGUGCCCCAGCUCCCCAGUCCUAACAGCGUCUCCUCCUUCGGGAUCGGAACAUCUGUCGUUUCACUUGGCGGCGGGGGCAGCGCCUACGUCCUCGCCGAGCUCCUCAUGAUCGAUGGCCGCAAGUUUCCCGACGCUGCGCUCUUCACGUGGUGGUCGUCUGCUGAAGCGACCCCCAGACGAUACACCACCGCUCACUGGGUGAAGGAGGAGGUUAGCCUCCCCCACGAGGUGUGCACAUCCGACUAUUACUUCGUCUCCGACAUGACAUUCUCGUUUGGGGAAUCGUGCCUGUGCUGGGUCGAUCUACUCAUCGGCAUCGUGGUUUGCGACCUUCUCCCGUCGCAAGAUCAGCCCCGGUUCCGUUUCAUCCCACUGCCAGAAGGGUGUUCACUCGACAUCAGCAGCCGUCGCCGACCGAUCAUGACUGUGUUCCGUUCCGUGAGCUGCGCUGAUGGCGCCAUCAAGUUCCUGACCAUGGAGGGGUACGACGAGGGUUGGCACGCCGAGGAAAUGAAGCUAACUACAUGGAAGCUGUCGCCUGACCUUAGCGAGUGGAAAAAAGGCCCGGUGUGUGGUGCUCGAGACAUUUGGGCAAGCGAGAAAUACAUAGCCAUGGGGCUGUCUCCGAUUAGUCCAAUGUGCCCUGUCCUGAGCGUGCUUGACGAUGAUGUUGUCUGGGUGGUCAUGAAUGAUGUUGAUCUUGUGGAAUAUUUUGAGGGAGAGCAUAGGACUAUCAAGAUCAAAACCCAGUAUUUUCUUUCCAUCGACAUGCGCCUUAAGCAGGUGUUGUCCAUCACCCAGCUACACCCACAGACUUCGAUACACCCUGUACUCAAUCUCGUGGCUUGUGAAUUUGGUGCACACCUGGACCGCUCAAAGGACAGACAGGGAAUGGUGGAAAGAAAUGAUGCCGACGAAAACACAAAGAAGAUGAAGCUUAAAUGACUUCUUCAACAUAUCAUGUGAAGAUGAAACUUUGAAUCGUUUCGACAUCAUAUCAAUUAAGACCAGUAUUGUCGAUUGGUGUUUGAUUAGCAUCCAUUAUGUGGAAGAUGAAUGUGCUUUAAUCUUUCUCUAGAAGUAUUUGAUCUUAUUAUAUUAGCAGAUGGUAGUGAAACUGAAUUGCAAGUGACGUAUUAUCACUAGUGGUUUUAACCUCACUCCGGAACCACCUUUGAAA